AUGCCUAGCUCACAAGAAGUGGCCCUUUGCCAGGAAAAUGGUGAGUUAGGUGAUAGCGAGGACCCUUGCAGAUGUCAAUGCAAUUCACGAGAGCAUCACAAUCCUGACGCCCGAACCAACUCAACGAACAGGAGAAGCAGAGGUAAUAGGUUAAGGAGAUCGAGGUUCCGUUUUUCAAAACAUUUGAAGACGGAGGGUACGAACUACGAUCUGAUCACGUCAGUCGACUAUCUAAACGAAAAAUAUGGCAUAAGGAAGAGUCAUUACAUCGAAAAAUUCCUUAAGUGCAUCCAUAGAAAGAUUGACCAUGAUGUUAACAGGAUAAGUGACAAAUAUGUGAAUUCUUUGAACCCUUGGAUUAAGAUAAAACUGUUUUUAUUACUAGUGACAUUGUCUCAAAGAGGUGGACCAGAAUACUGGAUGGACAAGAAUGACCAAGGUAAUAAUCCCAAUCCAAAAGUUAAACAGCGACAAAAAGAUGGAGCUGUUGACCAAGCAACUUUUUUUUCGUUAACCGAGCAAGUCAUGAGACAGAAUAUUAACGAGGAUUUCACCGAGAGUACUUAUGAUGAAAACUAUGUCUUCUCAUCCAUCUGGGCAAAUUUCAUGGAAGGUUUGAUCAAUCAUUAUUUGGAGCAGAUAAUCGUUCCUCACUCUGAGAUGAAAGUAUGUGAGCAACUUUACAAGCCCAUGAUGAAAAUUAUUUCACUAUACAACGAGUACAACGAACUGAUGGAAAAGAGUGAACGUAACGGAUUCUUGCCCUCACAGGAUAAUUUAAGACAAGAUUUGGAGGCUAGCGAAAGCGAAAAAGAGAAUCAAACCUCUGUCGAAAAGAGCAGUGGUGAAAACUCAACGCAGGAACGACUACAGAGGGCUCAGAAAUUAUUAUGGCAAGCACGCCAGGACAUACCAAAAACUAUCAGCAAAGAAUUGACCCUACUCUCUGAGAUGUAUUCGACAUUGUCAGCAGAUGAACAGGAUUAUGAACUCGAUGAAUUUGUUUGCUGCGCGGAGGAGUAUAUAGAAUUGGAGUACCUACCGAGCUUGAUUGAUGUUCUCUUCUCUAACUGCGGUAGCAUCCAUUUCUGGAAAAUCAUGAUUGCUUUCGAGCCCUUCUUUUAUUACAUUGAAAGUAUUAGUGAGGAUGAAGACACAGAGGAUGACUCUGCGACAGAUGCAUAUAUGACUACGGAUAAAGAUGUCGCAGAUGGUAUUGCGCCUCAGGCUUUCAAGCCAGACCAAAGAGUCGUAAUUUUAGAGAAAAUUUGCGAAGUAGCCGCAAGACAAAAAUGGAUAUGA